AUGACAGGCAGGACAGAGGCAAAUAUCGAGGUCGACGAGACGCACGUGGAAGACAACGAUUCCACGCUCGGCGAUGAGAUUUCGGCUUUCACCGCUUCGAUCACCUCGAGCGUCCUGGACUAUCCCGUCGAAAAUGGACGCCGCUAUCAUGCGUUUCGGGCUGGCGCAUAUUAUUUACCCAACGAUGAACUUGAGCAAGAUCGCCUCGACCUAUCCCAUGCGCUCAUGACAAAAGCCAUCGGUGAUGAGUUGUUUCUCGCGCCCAUUGACACAGACAAGAUCGACCGCGUCCUUGACAUAGGGACCGGAACUGGAAUUUGGAGCAUGGCGAUGGGGGAUGAGUUCCCGAACAUUUCAGAGGCAUGCUUCGCCAUACAACCUCCAUGGGUGCCACCAAACGUGCGCUUUGAGAUUGACGACGUCGAAUACCCAUGGGUCUACGAGCGACCCUUUGACUUCAUCUUCUGCCGCUACAUGACCGGAUCCAUCCUCGACUGGCCCACGCUUGUCGGCCGAGUUUACGAAAACCUUGCCCCUGGAGCCUGGGCCGAAUUCCAAGACUUCGACCUGCAGUACUAUUCCGAAGACGGCUCCCUCACCCCCGAAUCCUCCACCCUCCGCUGGAUCAACACCUUCCUAGAAGCGUCACGCAAAGCCGGCCGCGAGCCAUGCCCAGGCCCCAAACUCGAGGAAUGGGCGCGCGACGCCGGGUUCACCAAUAUCGAGCACCGACGAUUUCGCCUGCCCAUCGGCCCGUGGGCGAAGGAUCCGCAUCUGAAGCAAGUCGGGAUGUAUAACAUCUCGCAGAUCAUGACGGGGUUGGAGGCGUUUUCGCUACGGCUGUUCUGUGGUGUGUUGGGGUGGAAGGAGAAUGAAGUGUUGGCGUUGUUGACGAAAGUGAGGAGUGAGUUGAAGGAGCCUAAGUUGCAUGCACAGUUUGAUUACCACGUUGUCUACGGACAAAAAAAGAGCAAAUAA